UUCGUGGAUACCUACUUCGUUGUGUCAUGACGCUGAUCGUAGUCGUCUACGCGGGCAUCGAGUAUGACCUGGAAGUUGACGCCAACGACACUGCCGCGGUCUUGUGCUUUCAGCUGUAUUCGCUGCUGGGCGUAGACGUCGACUCGCAGGUCCUCGUGACUUCGACCGGUCACAAAGUCACACUCGACGACACUAUCGCUUCGCUCACUGCAUCAGCACCUUGGCUGUUGCUUCUUGACUCGACAACCCCCUCGUCAUGCUUCAAUCCGUCGAUCGAUUCCGAUUGGAAAGACAUUUGCACUCGCCUUGUAGCUCCAAACAUUCCACUCGCGCAACCGGCAUACAAUCUCCACGGCAUGGCGAUCUGCCAGCCAUGCGCCACCACCUGUGUCUCCACCUCCGGCUCCUUCAUUGAAGCCGUCGAGAACACUGCCGAUACUCGGGAUCACAUCCGGCAAUCCUUCAUCUGCGACCUCGCGGUCGUCGUGGGAGCUGCCGACGUCCCCGCACCUCUGGGUUUCACCAAGCUCAACGUGGAUUUGAACCACACAGCGUCGGGACCGUUUGUGUUUUUGUGCUACAAACGAGGAGGGAACCGUCGGCCCGUAUCGCAUGUGAAGGUUGUUCACGGCCUGCCAACUGCGCCCCCACAAGUCGACGGGUACGAGGUGCUGCCUGUGAACCUCAACCAUGGCACGAUCAGCUCCAUCGGCAUCUACCUCUGCGUCCGUCGGCUGGCUGCGGACGCAUGGCGGCAGUUGUCCGGUCUGGCGUUGCACGACCUCCACGUGUCAUCCUCUCGUGAUCCGGGGGCGUUCGUCCUGUCCCAGGUGGACCUGAAUGGAGGCAACGACGGCACCACGCCGCUGUUUCUUCGAUACAAACUCAACCCCGUCGCUGGGUUUGUCUGCGGAAAGCAUGGGGAGUGUCUGUUUGAACCUCGCGUGACGGGGGGUCACGAGAGCGCCACGUCAUGGACCCACCUCACAUCGCAGCAGCAGAUCGUGGCCGCGCAACACAUCGAUGCGACGCUCCGUCGGUCAUGGAACGCGACGGCCGCCAUCCAUUUCGAGCGGGAAGAGGCCCGCUUGAAGCAGAUGCUGGCGGGGCAGCUGCACAACACGCUCAAGUACGAGCGGCAGGACUACCAAGCCCAGGCGCUGGCCGCGAUUCCCCUGGCGCGGCUGCACGAGCGAGCGCGAGCCAACCCGACGCCCCAGCCCACGUUCGAAAUCGAAGUGCUGCGGCAGCUGAUUACGUGGUUCAAGCACGAAUUCUUCUCGUGGAUGAACGCCCCUGCUUGUCGGGUGUGUGGGGCCCCCGACACACUCAGCAUUCGCCAAGAAGGCCCUGUCACUCCCGAAGAGAUUGCGGGCGAGGCGGGGCGUGUGGAGGUGUAUGAAUGCCGGUUGUGCCAGGCCAUCACGCGGUUCCCUCGGUACAACGACCCGACAAAACUGCUGCAGACGCGCACGGGGCGAUGUGGCGAGUGGGCCAACUGCUUCACGCUGUGCUGUCGGGCAUUGGGGUACGAUGCGCGCUACGUCCAUGACUUUACCGACCACGUGUGGACCGAAGUGUACAGCUCUCACCACGAGAGAUGGCUACACUGCGACCCGUGCGAAGACCAGCUGGAUUGCCCGCUGACGUACGAAGUGGGGUGGGGCAAGCACUUGACGUACAUUUUUGCGACUUCGGUCGAUGAAAUCGUCGACGUGGCACGACGAUACACGCGGGACUACGACGCCAUGCUGGAGCGGCGGACGAUGGCGAGGGAACCGUCUCUAUUGCGCAUAUUGAGUGACUUGAACGCCACGAAAACCCACGCGCCCGAUCGGAAACUCAUUUUGGCGACGCGGGCAGCGGCGGAAGCGGUCGAGUUGGCGGCCGUGAAGGAAGCCAAGACUCAUGAGACCGUCGGACGGGUAUCUGGAUCCAAGGAAUGGCGCGAUGCCCGCGUCGAAUCGGGCAAUGCGUCCGGCAGUGCCGAGCCGCCGCCGACUUCUGUUGUCUCGUCGACGCUGACCACUGGCGCGGCGUCCGUGUUGGACGUGAAUCAAGAGUUGCGCAGUUUACUGCAACGUAUGCUGCAAGGGAAGGGCUGCAGCUUUGCAGACUCGUGUGUGAACCCGUUCUGUUUGCACUCGCACGUGAAAGCACCAGGGUUUGACUUGACUUCGUACUCGGCCACUUCUAUUCAAUCGAUUGUACAUCUCCAAGACGCAUCUGCCCAAGGUCUCACGGCGUUAACCUGCUCGGAACCAGGAUCGUUCCAGUCGUCGCUGCUGGCACUGCCGUUGGCGUUGUACUGGCCGCUACAGGAUCACGUGUCGGCUCUGGUCGUGGAUGCAUCCGGACGCGGGCGCCACGGGAUCAACGUCAACUGCCCUGUGCAAAAGCCAUUCGCGGUCAAGUUUAGUCGAUUCAACACUGGGCUUCAGCUCGUGCCUUUGACUCCGCCUCGAUCGCUGUCGUCCGGGGUCUCGACCUCGACCUCUUGGACGUUGCAGUGGCUGUUGAGAUGGCAUGACCAGGCCGUGGAGGCGCUACGACCUCCCAACGCCGCGCCGUCGACGCCGUUCUUGCAUCUAUCACCGUCCCCAGACCAGCCCUUGUUGUUCCACUUGGCCUACACGGACGCUCUAACGCUGGAAUGGCUUGGUCCUCCCGACACGACCGCCGCGGGGUCCUCUGCCAGCGACUCGCUAGCAGUCGACACCACGUACCACAUGGCGCUGGUAUCCGCGUCGGGGGUGGUGACGUGCUUUGUGAACGGCGUCGCCGUGUUCGAAACCCGCCCUUUGACGACUAAUCCUAUCCAACUCGCCAGCUUUGAGUUUGCCGUCGCGCCUUCCCCACGUUCGUCCGUGUUGCCGCUGCUGAGCCACGUCGCCCUCGUCACGCGAGCGUUGUCGGCAGAGGAGCUCCACGCGCUGGCCCGAGCCGCCGUGCCCUCCCCACGACUCGUGGCGGGCGGCGCUGACGAUUUCGUCGAUCCGUCGGUCACGUGCUUAGAGUCGGUGGCGUCAGAAGACUCUGGGCAUCGCGUGUUGGCCGUCCAUCGUACGAUCCUUCUCCUCCUUCAGGAUAAAGCAUCAUCGAGAAUGCUUGGGUGUUGUAGUGUGGAGCGGUGAUUUCUUUGAUGGCGUCCAACUGACUUAUGCAAAUACCUCCACUGGAGUCGUGACGCCAGGACGGGCGUGGGCCACGACGACGGCGGCGGGUGCGACCAAGCAGACGCUGCAGCUGUUGGAAGACGAGUUCAUCGUCCAAGUGCGAGGACGCCGCGGGGCGUGGAUGGAUCAGAUGAGCGUGACCACCAACUUUGGACGGUCGCUCACAGCGGGAGGCACCGGCGGCGGGCCCUUUGACGUGUUCAUUCCUGCUGGGUACAUGGUGCGGGCAUUUAGCUUUGACAUCGGAGACCACGUCAACCAACCUGUCGUCUUCUCGUGUCCGGCGCCGCGAGGUAUAUAAAAGGACGAAGAACAUGAAUGACAGAGUAUAUGUAGGACCCGUGUAUGUGACGUUGAAGGCAGCCAAGGCAUCGCAAGGGAAAGCUGCGGUCGAGCUUGCAGCGCAAGGAGGUAACGCUAGCUCGUCUUUUGCCCCUAGGCUUACUUGUGUGGUAGUGGUGCGAUACCUGACAAACCUCGCUGACAAGCCGGACAACGAGACCUUCCACAAGAUCAAAGCAACCAACUCGUAUUUCCAAAAGAAUGUGGCGCCAUUGGGGGGUCAUCUCGAUGCUGUCUUUGAUGCAUGUGGAUUCGAUCACGUAGAGGAGGAUGGAGGUGAUGUCUUCUUCGUCUACCGGAAGCAUGCAGCUCCGCCACAUGCCGUCCGCCGCGCUCUCUACGACAUUGCGACCUUUCUCGCUGUGGAAAAGUAGAUUGCACCUUUGAAUCCACCAAUCAGACAUGCGUAUUUUUGAAUAGCCAAUGAAAACACUUUAUUGUCGCAAUAACCAAUCAAAAACGUUUGUUUUCAAAACCAA